AUGGAUCUGUUUGGAGAUAUAGAUGACAUUUCUUCAGGGAGCGAUGUGGACCAGCGAACACCUGUCCCAAGACGGCCGCACACCUGUGUCUGCCAAAUGCAGAGCACAGCCGGGACAGUGCCUCAGAACCAGCAUGUGGACCAGCGUAUUUCUGAAACCAGAAUAAGAAUAGAAAUUCCCAGCAUCAACUCUGACUUAGGGAAUGAAUUGUAUUUUGUUAAACUACCUAGAUUCCUCAGGAUAGAACCCAAACCUUUCGAUCCUCAGCUAUAUGAAGAUGAACUUGAAGAUGAGAAAGUGCUUUAUGAGGAAGACAAAACUAGGUUGAAAUUAAAGGUGGAAAAUACUAUCCGCUGGAGGGUAGGCCGGGAUGAAGAAGGAUAUAGAGUUAAGGAGAGCAAUGCUCGGAUAGUCAAGUGGUCGGAUGGAAGCAUGUCCCUGCAUUUAGGCAGUGAAGUGUUUGAUAUCUACAAAGCCCCACUGCAAGACAACCACAACCAGCUGUUUAUACGGGAAGACACUGGUCUCCGGGGACAAGCCAUCUUUAAGUCCAGACUUACCUUUAGACCUCACUGUACAGACAGUGCCACAUAUAAAAAGAUGACCCUGUCAUCUGGGAACAGAAGUUCAAAGACACAGAUCAGAAUCUUACCGAUGGCUGGGCGUGACCCUGAGUGGCCACGCACAGAUUUGAUUCAGGUAUGUCUGGUAAGCUUUAUGUUGGGACCUUAUAAAAAAGAACGCUUGAGGGUGUCUAAUCUACGGAAGAGGAAGAACCAGCCAGCUCCAAGUUCCACCAUCCAGCAGCCUGAUGGUGUUGACAAGGAAGAGGAGGAAGGAGAAGAGGAGGAAGACAAGGCCUCCAGACUAGUCACCAUUAAAAACCAUUACCGAGGAGCAGUCCACGAGGAACAAGCCCUGUCUUCCUCAGACAGUGAUGACGAUGAAGGAUCUGAAGAAGAUAAGGCCGGAAGAUUACUUAAAGCAAAGAAAUUCAAGACGAACCCUCCAAGAGACCAAGGGGUGAAGAGGAAGGAUGAAGUGUGAAAUGACA